CAGCUUGUAUUCAUCGACUUCGAAUGAACAAUAAAAACUGAUUUUCGCUACAAAAUGAUAUCUAUGAACAUAAAUCUGUUUUAAUUGUAAAUCAAGAAAAUCAUAAUAAAGAAUUUAACGUCUCUUGUUUAUUUCAAAAUUGAUGAUAGUGAAAAUGGGGAAAAAAUUAAUUUAUCUAAAAUACAUGUGUGACACGGGGCUGCAUUUUCUCUUUUCUAAAAUUCGUAAGAAAACUAACACAGGAAAUACUUCCCCUACAAACUGGUCCUGACUGCAUUCCUUACGUAACAAUAGACAAGCAUCCUGACUUUCCCUAAAAACAGGUACCAAAAGGACAGAUUCACUUUGACUUGCAUACGUGCAGCACGGUUUUCUCCGCUUCGUAAAAACAAGUGUAUUUUUAAACUCGCUCUUAAAUAAAUAAAAAUAUCGUUAUUUUAAUUAUUUACUUAAUUAUUAAUUUUCCCGUCACAAAAUUGGCGAUCCUGCCAGGAUAGUUCGACACGAUUACGAUCAAAAUCGACUAUCUUAGUGCGAACCAGUGAAAAAAAAAGAGAAAGUUUUGUGAAAAAAUUAUUAUUGUGGAAAGUGGAAAAUUAUUUUUGUGAAAAAAAAUAUAUAUAUUUUUUUGUGAGAAAUUAUUAUUGUGAAAAAUUAUUUUUUGUGAAAAAAAAUAAUUGUGACGGAUUAUACGGUGAAAUUUUCACUGGAAAUCACCGGAAAACACGAACUCGGGCCGAAUUAAGUAAGUUCGACAGUGAUUCCGUGGGUAUAAGUCCUAGAAAGGGUGUGACGUCACCCAACCAAGUUGGCAACGAGGGAUAAUAUUCUUACGAGGAUACACACAACUCAGCCGCUCAACAUUUCAACUGGAUAGUAUUCUUACGAGGAUACACACAAUUCAGCUGCUCAACGUUUCAACUUGAGAAUAUUUUAUUUGUCAUCAAACUAGUUUGCAGGUGGCUGGGAAUUUUUAUUUGGUGCAUAGCAGAAAACAUUUUGUCAGCGCAGAUAGGGGAAAUUUAUUGCGAUCAUUAAGCGUCUAUAGUUUCAUGAAUUUGUGCGAUAGGCCUAUCAGUAUCGCUUUUUGAAUUCGCGAGUGGAGAUUCUGGUUCGAAGAAUCCGUUAUGGACAAGAGAGGCGAACAGAGAAUACAAGGCAGUGAACAAGGACCAGUUUCCAUACCAAACCUCAUCCCCCGAGUGUAUAUAUGUAUAUGUAUACAUUGCCUUAGACCUGUGCAGCACACACCAAUGGCAUGGAAUCGUCUUCUCUUUUCAGGAAGCAACAAAGCUGGUUCCAUUAUGCGUCGAUCUGGUCGCGGCACUACCUUAACCGCCGCGCCAACUUUGGUCCAUUGUGCGGAUGAUUUGAAACGGUGUGCCUUCUUUCUUGGGAUAACUCAAAAGAUGUCUUCAUUAAGAUCCUCGAGAUCUUUGUUAGGGCUACUAUCUCUCUUGACCUCUGACAGCUGACACCUUUGCCUCUUUUUUUCCGAAUAUUGUUAACUUCUUCUGCUUCUUCUUUUUUUUAUUCACGUCGUGACAUUUUACAAGGUGAGAAUGUGAGAGGGGACAAUUUAUUUUUAUUAUUACAGAUUAAGGUGGUUACUUAUUUUUUUUUUCUUCAUAUUAUUCGUUUCAAAGGUUAACAUUUAUUGGCUUAACUAUGGCGGGUAUCUAAGGCGGAAAUUUGUUUUUUUUAUAGGCAGAAAA